AUGUCUUCUCCUCAGCAGCUCAAGACAACGGUCACGGAUCUUCUAAAGAUCAAACAUCCGGUCUUGCUUGCUGGCAUGAAUGUGGCUGCAGGUCCGAAGCUGGCCGCGGCAGUCACAAAUGCCGGUGGAUUGGGUGUUAUUGGUGGUGUCGGCUACACGCCCGAUCAGCUGAGGGAGCAAAUUGAUGAGCUCAAGGGGUACCUACAGGACAAGACCCACCCUUUCGGCGUCGAUCUACUUCUGCCAAAGGUCGGUGGUAAUGCGAGGAAAACCAACACGGAUUAUACCAAGGGUAAAUUGAACGAAUUGGUUGACGUGAUCGUCGAGUCUGGCGCAAAGCUGUUCGUUUCUGCUGUUGGUGUGCCUCCCCAGGCAGUAGUUGACAGAUUACACGCAGGAGGAGUCCUAUAUAUGAACAUGGUGGGCCAUGUAAAGCAUGUGCAGAAGUGUCUCGACCUUGGAGCCGACUUGAUUUGUGCCUCGGGUGGUGAAGCUGGCGGGCAUACUGGCGAUAUUCCCACCACCGUUCUCAUUCCGGCCGUGGCCCAACUGCUCGCAAAAGCCCCGCCCUCUAAGUUCACCGGCAAGCCUGUUCAGCUCAUCGCCGCUGGUGGUCUAUUCAACGGGCAGUCUCUAGCAGCUGCACUGAUGCUGGGCGCUUCUGCAGUCUGGAUAGGGACGCGCUUCAUCCUCUGUGAAGAGGCCGGCGCUUCCAAGCAUCAUCAGGAAGCUGUGCGGACCGCCGGCUUCGAUGACAACGCUCGCACGAUUAUCUUCACGGGUCGGCCUCUACGUGUCCGAAACAACGACUACAUUCGCAACUGGGAGGAGAAGAGACAGGCUGAGAUCAAGUCUCUGACUAUCAAGGGCAUCAUUCCAGUGAAUAACGACCUUGAAAAGAACUCUGAGACGAUGACUGAGGACGAGUUGGAUUCCACUAUCCCUCAAUUGAUGGGCAAGGCAUCUGCCAUGGUUAAUGAGCGAUUGACAGCGAAGGAGAUCGUGGAUGAAUUCGUCUUUGGUGCAGCGGAGUGUCUGAAGAAGGGCAGUUCGGUCGUUGUUUCUCAAAGCAAGCUAUGA